UGAGCAUCACUGCAUUUGGUAAGAGAAACACCCGCUUCUGCUGUGGGGCGCGAGCGCGGGUGAACGGUGAGUCAGUGAUGGCAUUUGGCUUCAGUAGUAUGUCAGUGUAGGAACUCUUCUCUCUGAAAUCUUUCAAGCGCUGUAGCAUGUUUCACUGGAGGGGUUGUGCUCUACUCUGCCUCAUGUUGGCAAGGGUUGGAACUGCAGCAUCGAGCAGGAAGCUGCAGUGCUCUAUGUGGCCUGUGGGGGUGCUGCAUCCUGUACACGCUCAACUGGAGCGCUUCGAAGCGGGAACGGGGUGUGCGGCCAGAGAGGGCGGAAUUAAAGAGACUCAUGUGAUUUCUGUGGGCAAAGCCUCAAACAGACAGGUAACAGUGGUAUUGAGACCUUUGACCUGGUCUCGUCCCAUCAAUCGCCCGGUGAUUCUGGUGUUGAGUUCCCAGCAUCCCGCACGCUGGGUGAUAGAAAACGAAGGACUGCCGCACAACAUCAAUGUGCUUGUGCAGGUGUCUCUGAACUCCACGGCGGAGUCUGUGAGUAUGUCCAUUCGAGUGACGCAGGUGUCAUCUCUGCCACGACGUCCGCAAGUUCUGCUGCACUGGAUUCUACAGCGGCACACCACCAUCUCCUCCUUCACACACACUAUACAUGCCAACCGCAUUUAUCUUCGUCUGGGAGAGGAUCCCAGCAUGCCGAACGAGUGUCUUCUCCAGUCUCUUUUCUUAUCUCAGAAUUAUCUGGCCUCAGAGAUACAGGAACAGGAAGUGCAUGGAUGCAUGCCGUCCAGUGAUCACGCUGAUGCAGAGGUGCAUGUCAUCAGACUGUGGUCGUCAGGGUCAGGUCUGUGCGGCUCGCUGCAGGUGGAGGUGUCUGUCUCUCUUCUGCCUCCAGUGGUUGAUUCAGGAUAUCACAGUAUCGUUCUGAUUCUCAGCAGUGCUGUUUCAGUGAACUGGGCUUUAGUGGCUCCAGAGGUCAGAGGUCACAUCAGGGUAUAUUCGUCCAACAGUGUGAGUCUGCCGAACUCUCGAAACCCUGACCUCUCCAUGACCAGCACCAUGACCUCUGACCUUCUCAGCACACCUGACCUCCUUGAAUGGGCCGAUCAGAAUGGCUUUCCCAAAGUGACCUCAUAUACAGAGGCUGAUCUCGCCAAUCGCUUCGUAAUCCAGUUAAAGGCGAUUGGAACAGAGCGCCGGCCGCAGUGGUCAGGUCAGGAGGAUUUAACAGCAGACAGAGGCAGAGAGGCGCUCACCUGUCGCUGUGACAACGGAGCUCUUACUGUUACCGUGGAUGCACAGAUGCUACAGACUCUGUUUUUAGCGGUGGCGACAGUGACUCUGCGUGACCGCGGCUGUCAGGCGGAGUUUAAUGGGAGCCACUUCCUGUUGGUUUUCCCAGUCAUUUCCUGUGGGACGGAGGGAGAUAUGGAUGGAGUAAACAGAAGAGUACAUUACACAAACACAGUGUUUCUAUGGAGACAGAAGCCUUCAGAGGGUUCGAACAACGACACGGACUGGGAUGUGAUGUAUGACACUCCACUGAGCGUUCAUAUUAGCUGUGAGUCCUCUCUGCCCAGUCCUGAGAAUCGAGCGAACGCAACUCCCACCUAUCGGCCUGAGGAGGCACUGUGGUUCACUCAAGCUCCAGCUCCUCCCUGGACGCCGAGGCCUCACGCCUCUCCGCUUCUGUCCAUGGAGCUGUUUGUAACUGAGGCGUACGAGAAGAGACCCGUCGGUCCAUGUGUUAUCACAGCAUACGACCGUGUCUACACAGAGGUGUCAGUGAGUGGUGUCACAGGUGAAUCCAUCGAGCUGCAGUCGUGUUGGGUUUCUCCACUCUCAGAUCCACAGACUCGCAGCAGCUGGAACAUCAUCACAGGCUCCUGCGCCUCCGAUCCAUCUGUCUUACUGACCAAGAGAAAGACACGUGGCAAAAUAACACACAGCACAGAACAUGAUGACAGCAGACUGUCAGAGAGACAGAUGCUCCCACGCUGGAGACAGAUGGGUCGUCAUAUCAGAGACAACAGAAUGAGACGGGUUAAAGACACGCGAGCCAUCGCUGGGAGGUACAGAUUGCGCGGGAUGAGACAGAAGAGAGAUGAGCGGGACAAUGAGGGAGAAAGCGCCCUCACACUGCGCUUUAGUUUCAUCUUCAGACCCGUCUUUAAUAACUCCAUUCAGUUCCUGCACUGUACUCUGCGUCUGUGCGCAUCAAGGGCCCAAACAGAUCCGUGGCCCUCAGGGGCCACAGCUCAGACAGUUUGUGCACAUGGGCCCCGAAUACCUGCUUUCACACAUGCACCUGCUUCUCAACAGUGUGAGUACAGGAAUCUCUCUCGCCCUGUUCUGGUCACAUCUCCUGUUGGCUUUCUGGCUCCUCCUGCUGGUGAUCUUGCCCAAAAGCACGCUGAGAUGUCGAGACAUAGUCCCUCACAUGCCGGAGCAGACACAGGUCCCGUGCAGGUGAUUGCGUUUGUCGCGUUUGUGAUGGGCUUCAGUCUGAUGGGGGCGCUGUGGUGCAUCUACACUCACACUGGAAGACGUUAUAUGACACAGAGAGACCGAAUCCUAGAGACCACAGAACAGAACACAGCCGUCAGGAACCCGAUGACACCACUGGACCAAAUCAACAGUUUACAUGAGAUUAAAUAAACAUGCGACUGACAUUUCGAAACUAUCUAAACUAACUGUGUAAAGUUAUUGGUGCACCCCUGCACUGAGGUGUGUAACUGUGUGAUUGUAUUUGCUGCUGACUUAUAUUAUGUAGAAUUAUUUAAGUCUGAUAUGUGUAUAUCUGUAUGGUUCAUCUUCUUGGUUUUCAGAGUGAUUUUUAGCCCUUACAUGUUGCAGAUGUCUUAAAGGAAUAU